UGUCCUAGGGUGGCCCGGAAUUUCCUGAGCCCCCAGUUACUGGGGUGCCAUCUGAUGCUAACCUGUCCCCCGCCGACCGCCACUGCCUGGCCUGGGGAGAGACAGGUCCUCGGGAGCAUGGGCAAGACCUGCGAGAUGGGACGCGCCGUGGUGGACAGCCCUCUGGGGAAGAUCGAGAUCUCUGGUUGCGAGCAGGGGCUGCAUGAGAUACGGCUGUGCGGCCGGAAGACCCUGGACCCGGACCCCGCGGAGGCCCCUGCGCCCCCCAGGCAACUUGCAGGUCCAGAGGAGAUGAUGGAGCCCCUGGGGCAGUGCGCAGCCUGGCUGGACGCCUACUUCCGCAAGCCCUCGGUCCUCCGGGAGCUCCCCGUGCCUGCUCUCCACCACCCUCUUUUCCAGCAAGAGUCGUUCACCAGACAGGUGUUAUGGAAGCUGCUGCAGGCUGUGAAGUUUGGAGAAACGGUUUCUUACCAGCAGUUAGCAGCCCUGGUGGGCAGCCCCAGAGCCGCACGGGCAGUGGGAGGAGCCAUGAGGAGCAAUCCUGACCGAAGCUGGUGUGGAGGGAGCUGAAGUUCACAUCCGUUUUGCCUCGUAUCCGUUUGAAAGGCGUGGAGGUUGAAAUGGAGCUCGGCCAAGCAGUGUCUGUCUGUCUGCCUGAAACGGGGGUGGCGGUGGAGAGCCAGGCCGGAGCCUAGAGAAACUGCAGGUACCCAGGUCUCUAAGUGGCGGGGGGGCAGCCGCCCGGAGUCCGGACCGCGUGGCUCCAGGUGCGGACAGAUGGAGAGAGUCUGGCCUCCAUCACCCAGGCCGGGCUGGACAGCAUCUGUGCCGGCCGGGCCGCGGGGGACGAGGACAAGGACGAGACGCUAGGCGGCGAGGACGGCGCCUGGGUGGAUGAAAGGAUGUCGUUAACAAGCCUUUCAAGUUCCUCGUUAAUGUUUUUUUCACUGCAAAAACCACUCGGAAAAAUUCCACGUGGACAGCAGUUGGGUUGAUCCUGAAAAGCGCGACGCCGGUGCUGUUGGUGCCUUCAGAGACCCCCUCCCCCCCCACUCAGCAGCUUGUUUCAAGCCGCUGCCCUGGGGUGGGGGGGGCGGCGCUGGUGUUCAGACUCUCAGGUGGCCGCUGGCGCUGGGGUCAGGAUGCAGGCAGUGGUCAUUGCGAACGCUGGGGGCGGGGGCGGGCAGAGGCUGCUGCUCCAGGGAGGCUGUCACUCUGCCGGCCCCAGGGGGCCAUCCGAGGCCUGCCCAUCGGGUGUGUGUCUGUGCCUCCACGCUGUUCCGGGGGGGAGGGGGAGGGAGGCCAGGGCGGAGCAGGGCUGGGGACCUUGGCCCCUUUCCUUGUUUCUCAGGUAGGGCCGUGGCCUGGCGCGCACACCGCCGCGCACCCGGGUUCUUCAGUCCUGCCGUCACGCCUCGCUCCUGUUUAGUCCCAAACGCAGCAGCAUGUGUGCUUCCAGACUGGUUUGUUGACUUAAAUUAAGAAAGACCCAGCUGGAGAAAAUAUCAGUGUCCAAACAUUAAGCAACAUGUGAUACUGUGUAGAAAGUAUUGCUUUUGCGUGUUGUGAUUGCCAUGGCAACAAGGCGACGUGGAUGCACAUGUGAGACUUCUGGCAGGAAACAUAGGAGCAGGUAUGCAGCCGAGCUGAGGCCCCCAGCAGGUGGAUUUGGUCCCAGGGCUCUGGGGAUGCUCUGCUGCUUGGGGGCAUCUCCAGACACCCCCAUGUCUCCAGUGGCCCAAAGAAGGGGGUCUUGCCCCAGGACAGAGGGUGCAGAAACCUGAGUCUCAGACUCUGCUGAACUUGGAUUCCCGUCCCCCAGCCCCGUGAGCAGAGUGAGUACAUAUGUGGGACCCUCCUCCUGAGGUCCCCAGAGUCUAGGGCCUGGCAAAGCAGCCAGGCUUCUGGCUGCCAGAAUCAGCUGCUCCUGUGUCCUGUCCCACUGAGUCCAUGACUGGGGCAGGGACAGUUCGCAACACCCCUCCCAAGGAGAAAGGCCAGCCCUGGCCAUCUCCCGGGAUGCAAUCCAGGGCCAGUAGGGAUGACAACCUGACAGAGCAAGGUCAGGGCACUGGUGACCCGUGGUGACCCCAUGGGCAUCCGCUGGAGCUCGUCCUGGCUCCAGGGCCUCCUCAAGGCCCAGGAGGAGGGACAUGCAACCUGGCCUGACGGUCCGGGGCUAGCACAGCAGGUGUGCGAAGGCCCAGCAGCCAAGACCACGUGAGAAGACCCGGCGGAGGCCCAGACGUUGGGGCGGAAGGGCCAAAAUUCCCCCGACUGAGGCUGCAUCUGAUGAGGUUGGAGGCAUUUUCUGGUUUUCCUCGCUGCGUUUGCUGAAAAGGAAGCUUCCACCAUGGAGGAUGUUAACGACAGAGGGAGGCCAGCCGUGUGGCUUUCCCUGGCGGGACCCUGCCGCCCACUGCUUUUCUCGUGAGCAGGGGUGGCCAAGGGCCACCCCUCGCCAGACGGCAACUACUCAAACCUAGGGGACAGUUCAAAAACUUGUAAUUUUGUUGGAAUAAACUACAGGUAAUUUUAUGA